AUGUUUGAGUUCAAAUCAGACCAGUUAAUUGUCUGGCAUCGUUAGUUAAAUGCGGCGGUUUUCAGCUCAUCUACUUUACCCACCUCUAUUAAUAACUUCGAUUCCCCAUCCUCCCCUGUCCUUCUCUGCCUAAUCCUUAAAUCAUAGACUCUUCUCCGUUCAACAACUUCACCUAAAUUCAUUACCAAUACUCCCAACACUCAUUAUUUAUCUCUUCUCAACAAUACCCACUUCUUAGAUUCGUGUUUUUUUCUUUCAAGAUCCAAAGAUUACACUUUGCAUACCAAUCAUGGACCAGUGUUUUCUUGAUACUCUCAAAACUCAGCCACGUUGGGUUCUUGUUUUGUUCACUAUUGGUUCUCUUUCGCUUUUCAAGUUUUCUUUUAGUGUUCUCUACUGGGUUUAUGUUUCCUUUCUAAGACCUGCUAAGAAUUUGAAGAAAUACGGUUCGUGGGCUGUUGUGACUGGACCCACCGAUGGUAUCGGGAAAGGUUUUGCAUUUGAGUUGGCUAGAAAAGGACUUAAUCUUGUCCUUGUUGGCCGUAAUCCUGAUAAACUAGAAGAUGUUUCGGAUUCUAUUAUGGCUAAGUAUGGCAAAACCCAGAUCAAGAGUGUUGUUGUUGAUUUCAGUGGUGAUAUUGAUGAGGGUGUUAAUAAAAUUAAAGAGGUUAUUGAGGGAUUGGAUGUUGGUGUUUUGAUUAACAAUGUCGGAAUUUCAUACCCUUAUGCAAGGUUUUUUCACGAGGUUGAUGAGGAGUUGUUGAAUAAUUUGAUUAAGGUUAACGUUGAAGGUACUACUAAGGUUACUCAAGCGGUUUUGGCUGGGAUGUUGAAGAGGAAGAAAGGUGCUAUUGUUAAUCUUGGUUCUGGUGCUGCCAUUAUAAUUCCUUCUGAUCCUCUGUAUUCUGUCUAUGCCGCCACAAAAGCGUAUAUCGAUCAAUUUUCAAGGUGUUUGUAUGUUGAAUAUAAGAAAAGCGGAAUUGAUGUGCAGUGUCAGGUUCCAUUAUAUGUGGCAACCAAGAUGGCGUCAAUCAAGAGAUCUUCAUUCUUUGUUCCAUCAACUGAUGGUUAUGCACGGGCAGCUAUGCGGUGGAUAGGUUAUGAACCUCGUUGCACACCCUACUGGCCUCAUUCCUUCCUCUGGUAUUUGCUGAAUUUACUGCCAGAGAGUGGUAUCGAUGCCUGGCGUCUGAAGUUUAACCUUGGGGUUAGAAAAAGAGGACAACUCAAAGAUUCAAGGAAGAAGGAAUAGACAGUUUUAUUAUCUAUUGUUUUGUUGGGGAAGUUGGCGAGGAUACGCAGUCUGAUUAGUGGAUAUAACCUUAAA